UAGAGGAUUGUAACAUGACUGUAGUGGACUGAAGAGGAUUGUAGUGGUCUAUACUGGAUUGUAGGGGACUGUAUAUGACUGUCGUGGACUAGAGGAUUGAAGUAGUCUAUCCUCCUCCAGCUCCUCCUCUCUGACUGAUCCAAGGUCUGAGGCGGAGUCAUCAACUCUACAUGUUCACUGUCUGCAGAUCAGAUCUCAGACUGCUACAGAGUCCAGAUCAGAGUCCAGAUCAGAGUCCAGGUCAGAGUCCAGAUCAGAUCUCAGACUGCUACAGAUUCCAGAUCAGAGUCCAGAUCAGAGACCAGGUCAGAGUCCAGAUCAGAUCUCAGACUGCUACAGAGUCCAGGUCAGAGUCCAGAUCAGAUCUCAGACUGCUACAGAUUCCAGAUCAGAGUCCAGAUCAGAGUCCAGGUCAGAGUCCAGGUCAGAGUCCAGAUCAGAUCUCAGACUGCUACAGAGUCCAGGUCAGAGUCCAGGUCAGAGUCCAGAUCAGAGAUCUCCAUCAGACCACAAUGAAGUCUUUCAUCCUCUUUCUGUGUCUGGUUCCGGUCCUCUCGAACCUCUCGAUCCUUCCGGUCCACUCUGUCCGGGUCUCGGCGGGUCCUGGCUGCGGACCGUGUGCCCCGGACCAGUGCGCCCCCCUCCCGGCGGAGGGAUGUCCCGCCGGUUCUCUGCUGGACUCCUGCGGCUGCUGCUCGGUGUGCGCCGCCGCGGAAGGAGCGCUUUGCGGCGGACGUCGCGCGGCAACGCGCCGCUGCGGCUCCGGGCUCGAGUGCGUCAGAAGCGAUGAGAACAAGAAGAACAAGCUGGGCACGUGCGCCUGUAAGAGCAACUAUGACGUCUGCGGCACCGACGGGAUGACGUACAGGAGCGGCUGCGCGCUGAAGAGCGCCAGCCUGACAGCCCAGACCGAGGGAAAAGAACCCAUCAACGUCCAGAACAAGGGCCGUUGCGCCACAGCUCCAGUCAUCGUCACUGCCCCAGGUGAGGUCUACAAUGUGAGCGGCUCACAGGUGUACCUGAGCUGUGAGGCGGUGGGUGUGCCCACACCUGUCCUCACCUGGAAGAAGGUCCUCAGUGGGAAGAAGAAGAUGGAGCUUCUUCCUGGAGACAGAGACAAUCUGGCGAUUCAGACCAGAGGAGGACCAGAGAAACAUGAAGUGACCGGCUGGGUUCUGAUCUCUCCUCUGACCAAAGCAGAAGAAGGAUCCUAUGAGUGUCACGCCACCAACUCUAAAGGUGAAGCCUCAGCUGUUGGCACCAUUCACCUGGUCCAGUCCGCCGAUGACAUCAUCGUCAAGACAGUGACAAAAGAAGACGAACUGUGAUCAGCUGAUCAAAACGAAGACGACAUCAAUUUUUUUUUACUUUGAGGGGAUUUCAUCUGAAAGUAAAAUCAAUUUUCUUUUUUCUUUUAAACAGUUAACCUUUGUAGUUAAGUUAGUUUGUAGUUUAACAUUUUUAGUGUAGUUUAGUUUAAUGAGUCACCUCCUUUCAACAGACAAGAUGUCUGAAUUCUAAUUUUUAGUUUUCCCUCUAAUUCAAUCAGACUUUUAUUAUGGAAAUAUCAAGGUCCCCAUAGCAGCAGUAACAGCGUUUCCUGGAAAUGUAGCUUGUCUGCUUCAUGUAAGAAUAAAAACCUGACACUUUAAAAUCAGAGAUGUUUUAUGAUUUCUGAUACAAACGACCAGUUUAAUUUAAUGUGACAUUCUCAGAUGGGGAAAAUUUUACUUUAUUGAUCAUAAAUGCCAUGUUCAAUAUUAUGACAGUUCUCUGAGCUUCAGUUUGUUUUGUGGAGACUGAAAAUACUUUCUUGUUUUUCUCUGAAUAAAAUCAAAUCUUUCACUGUAAAAA